UCACGAGCGAGGAAGUCGUAAGCUAGAAGAAGCUAGGAAGUCCGGGAGGUUUCCGGCGAAGGCAAGUUAAACCUCAUCGUUCUCUCCGGAGGUCGCCGGCGAAGGCAAGUUAACCCUCAACGUUCUCCCGCGCUUUUUUGUUUUUCAAAAUUCCGUAAAUCCGCUGAAUCUACUAAAUCAAUAAUUUAAUGCAAAACCGAGGUGAAUAGGAACUUUAAAAAUGGUAAGAUUGUUUAUUUUUUAGAUGAUGGAAACCUUUUGGUAGGAUUUAGGGUUAAUCACGGGCAACAAACGACCAAUACAAAACCCUCGGAUUCUACCGUUAAACCCUCAAACCUAGUUCAGUGACUGAACCAAAAUCUGUACGUAAAGGCGAAUUUCUUCAAACUGGCCGAUGCCAAGAUCGCAUGAUAUUUAAAUUUAAACCGGCGCUUUCGCUGGUUUCUUCUAGCCGUCAUUGUCAAGCCAUCAUUGCUGACCUCCUUCAAUCAUGCAUCUCAAGCCAAACCCUACAAUACCAUCUUCUCCAACCAAUCCACGCCCAAGCCCUUGUCUCUGGCCUCCAGUCUGACCUCUUCAUCAACAAUCUCCUUAUCAAAUGCUACUCUGAAUCCAGCCUUCUUCAGGAAGCCUGCCAAGUGUUUGAUCGAAUGCUUCAAAGAAACAUCAUAUCAUGGUCCUCAAUGAUCUCUAUGUUCACGCAGCAUGGCGAAGCUGAAGAUGCCCUCUCCCACUUUUCAUGCUUCAGAAGAUCAUCAACCUUUUCCGAACACCCAAAUGAGUUCAUCCUUGCCAGUGUCCUGCGAGCUUGUUGUCAGUCCGCAGUUGUCAUUGGUUGUGCGUUUCAAGUUCAUGGUCUUGCCAUUAAAACAGGUUUUCUCUUGGAUGUUUUUGUGGGCACUGCACUGAUUAACUUCUAUUCAAGGAUUGGAUGCAUGGAAGGAGCAAUGUUGAUAUUUGACGAGCUACCAAUUAGGAACUCUGUUACAUGGACUGCCAUUAUGUCAGGGUUUUCGCAAACUGGGCAGCACGAGUUAUCCCUAAUGAUGUUUGGGGAAAUGAAGGUGGCAGGAGUGAAACCUGAUAUGUUCGUCCUUUCUAGUCUGAUAAGUGCCUGUGCAGCCACGGAAUUUCUCGAAGGUGGUAGACAAGCACAUGGUUAUGUGUAUAGGAGGGGAAUUGAGAUGGAUGUCUCCAUCAAUAAUGUGCUUGUUGAUUUGUACUGUAAGUGCUCUAAGGUGGGAACUGGGAGGAAAGUAUUUGAGAGGAUUUCUACCAAAAAUCUUGUAUCUUGGACCACUAUGAUUGCUGGCUAUAUGCAGAAUUCAUAUGACAUGGAUGCACUGGUUUUGUUUACAGAGAUGAGCAGGCUAGGGUGGAGGCCUGAUGCAUUUGCUUGCACAAGUGUUCUGAGUUCAUGUGGUUCUUUAGUGGAUUUGGAACGUGGUAAGCAAGUUCAUGCAUAUACCAUGAAAGCUAAUUUGUGGUUUGAUGGAUAUGUGAAUAAUGCUCUUAUUGACAUGUAUGCCAAAUGUAAUUCUUUAGCUCAAGCAAGAGUUUUGUUUUGUGCCAUGAAUCGACAAGAUGUGGUUUCUUACAAUGCCAUGAUAGAAGGAUAUGCGAGACAUGAUGAGAUUUCAGAAGCUUUUGCUCUAUUCAAUAGGAUGAGAUCCUUGUCAUUACAUCCAAGCCUUCUAACUUUUGUGAGCCUCAUCGGAGUAUCCACGUCGUUUUAUGAGGUUGAUGCUAGCAAGCAAGUUCAUUGCCUAAUAAUUAAGUCUGGUAUAACAUUGGAACCUUAUGCUGGCAGUGCUAUGGUGGACGCCUACUCUAAAUGUUCAUAUCUUAAGGAUGCAAGAAAAGUGUUUGAUGAGAUGGAAGAGCGGGAUUUGGUCAUGUGGAAUGCUAUGCUAUUUGGGUAUGUCCAGAAUGGUCAAGGUGAAGAAGCUCUUAAGCUCUUCCAUCAACUUUGCAUUGUUGGAAUGAGGCCUAAUGAAUUUACCUUUACUUCAGUUGUUGUAAUGGCUAGUUUUUUUGCUAGUCUCUUCCAUGGUUCCCAGUUUCAUGCUCAAAUUAUAAAAGCAGGUCUAGAAUUCGAUUCGCAUGUUUUGAAUGCACUUAUUGACAUGUAUGCAAAAUGUGGCAGUAUUGAAGAUGCUAAAACUUUAUUCAAAGCAACAAAUGAAAGAGACGUUGCAUGCUGGAAUUCAAUGAUCUCCAGGUGUGCACAGCAUGGGCAUUCUGGAGAAGCCCUUAGAAUUUUCGAUUUAAUGCUUCGCAAGAAAAUGAUACCGAACUAUGUAACAUUUGUUGGUUUGCUCACCGCAUGUUGCCAUGCCGGGCUAGUCGAGGAAGGAUUGUCUCACUUCUGUGCAAUGAAACUUGAUUUUGGAAUUGAACCAGGCAUGGAGCAUUAUGCUUCUGUAGUUAACCUAUUGGGAUGUGCUGGGAGAUUGCUGGAGGCGAAAGAAUUUAUUGAACAGAUGCCAAUCAAACCUGCUGCAGCAGUGUGGAGGAGCUUGUUAAGUGCAUGCAGAGUGUAUGGAGAUGUUGAAUUGGGAAGGCAUGCAGCAAGAAAAGCAAUGUCGUUAGAUUCAAAUAAUAGUGGGUCACAUGUUCUAAUGUCAAAUAUACUUGCUUCUAAGGGUAUGUGGGAAGAAGUAGAGAUGAUAAGGGAGAGGAUGGACCAAAUUGGGACUGUGAAGGAGCCUGGUUAUAGCUGGAUUGAAGUAAAGAAGGAGGCUCAUGUGUUUAUAGCAAAAGGAUGGGAACAUCAAGAAUCAGAUAUGAUUUAUUCAAUGUUGGAUUCUUUGACAUUGAUGAUUAAAGUUUUUGGAUAUGUGCCCUGCACUGCUUAAUCACUGAUGAACGAUGGAAAUGUUGAAAUUGUCGGCAAUAUUUCAUAGCACGAUAAUGCCAAUGAGAAAAGGUGGUGAGCUAUAUGAAGGAGAAAAACUUUUAACUUCUCAUAAAAUGUGUGAAUUUUGAUAUUGGUUGUCCAUAAUUAGAUAAAUUCUUUAUUGGCAUCA